UGUGAUUUCUUGUCACAGUGACUCUGCGGAGCGGAGCAGCAACACUUCAACAAUGGUCCGGUCUCAAGCAGCUGAAACUUUCCUGGUUUUACUCGCCAUUGCGGCGAAUAAAGGCCUCUCCGUCCCCCUGGAUAACCACGAAGCCUGGGGCUAUGUGGACGUGAGAGAUGGAGCCCACAUGUUCUGGUGGCUUUAUUAUGCUGACAGUCCCUCUGCUCAUUACCAGGACCUUCCUUUGGUCAUGUGGCUGCAGGGGGGACCUGGAGGAUCUGGAAGUGGAUUCGGCAACUUUGAGGAGAUCGGACCAUUGAAUAGGGAUCUGGAGCCCAGAAAGACGAGCUGGGUCCAGGCAGCCAGUGUGUUGUUUGUAGACAACCCUGUGGGCACUGGAUUCAGCUACACUGACAGGCCGGACGGUUUCGCUACUGAUGUGGCCACUGUGGCCUCAGACAUGCUGGUGCUUCUCGAGCACUUCUUUAGAACCAAGGCUGAUUUCCAAAAUAUCCCCUUUUACAUUUUCUCUGAGUCAUAUGGAGGGAAGAUGGCAGCUGCUAUUUCCCUGGAACUCACCAAGGCCAUAGCCCAAGGAACAGUGAAAUGCAACUUUGCUGGUGUGGCACUUGGAGACUCGUGGAUUUCCCCACUGGACUCAGUCAUGACAUGGGGACCGUACCUCUACACUACCUCGCUGCUGGAUGAUUACGGCCUGGCGGAUGUCAACAAUGCGGCAGGCGCCGUGAAGCAAGCUGUGGAGGCCCAGCAAUUCUCUAAAGCCACCGAGCUGUGGUCUGUGACAGAGACGGUGGUGGAGCAGAACACCAAUGGCGUCAACUUCUACAACAUCCUCACCCAGGAGCCGGAUGAGAAGCUCACCUUAUCUGAGGGAGAAGACUACAUCGCUCUGCAGGUACGACGCCACGUUCACCGCCUCCAGGGCAGAUCACUGAGUGAGCUGAUGAAUGGACCAAUAAGGAAGAAACUGGUCAUAAUCCCACAGAAUGUCACCUGGGGAGGCCAGGCAGAAGAAGUGUUCAGCAACAUGGCCGGGGAUUUUAUGAAGCCAGUGGUGGACGUAGUCGAUCAGCUGUUGAACGCCGGAGUCAACGUCACCAUCUACAACGGACAGCUGGAUCUCAUAGUGGACACCAUGGGACAGGAGAUGUGGGUAAAACGGCUGAAGUGGAAGGGGCUUCCUAGUUUUAACCAGCUGAGGUGGACGCCCCUGGACGACCCGGCCUCCCCGGGCAUUACUGGAGCUUUCUACAAGGGCUACAAGAACUUUGCCUUCUAUUGGAUCCUCAAAGCCGGUCACAUGAUUCCCUCAGACCAAGGACCUAUGGCCUUGCAGAUGCUGAAGAUGAUCACGCAGCAGAACUGAUUCCCCCAAUCUGACGCCAGCUGGAAUGGCUCCGACAAUCACAAUAAUCACAUGAUGUUUUUAUAUUUGUCUCCCUGCUAAACCAAAUUAACAAUCUUGGUUGAUUUCAAUCAUUUUUUUUUUAAAUUUCUGUCACAAGACCAAUAAAGAUGAGCUUUGUUUUUUUUAA